GACGUGUGUGCCCCUGUGUUCGCUGUCUGCGCGCGCUCCUGCCGCGCUGCCGCACAGCAUCCAGGUGCUGAAAUGUAGCCUAACUUACCGCGGCAGCCCAGGCUCUGCUACAUGCUAAUAUGGGAGCACAAUGGAGAGGAGACGGGGUGUGAUGUCGACGAUCAACACACCGACACGGAGCAGACCAGAUCCGCAGCAAUGAGCUCUUCCUUUCCAAAAUCUGAAUCCACGACCUCCUUACUGAAAUCGUCCUCCGCGGCGAGGAGACCCACACACCUCCCCGAACGCAGCGCAGAGAGCCGGAGAAGUCAGCACCACCAUCAGCAUCAGCACCAGCAUCACCACCGUCCCGCCGCAGUCCACAGCAGCAGCAGCAAAGCCGAGGAGUCCUUUUGGUCGGCGGAGUGCGACGUCAGCGCCCGGAGACCCCUGUGCCACCCGUCCCUCGUCGGCAGCCAGGACAGUAGUAACAAUGCAGCCACGCGGGGCAAGUGCAAGUCACACGCCCCUCACAGCCAAGUCCCCGAGCCACCGGAGCCCAACGGCGAGGCGGGCCGAGGUGUGAGAGAGCGCUCCAGCAGGUCGUCCAAGUCCACCACGCACCACCGGCACCACCACCGCAGGAAGCACCACCGGGAGUCCGAGCGUCCACCGGAGGCUGGAGCCGGAGGACCUGAGCCUGAGCAUCCACGACGCUCCCACACGCACAGCCGCACGGUCCCCAGGGUGCCCUCUCUGUCGGAUAGCACCGACGACAGGGCUCCUCUGUGCGAGCCGAGGGACCCCAAAGGAGCCAAUGGAGGGGGUCAGGUCAGCAGUCCGUCCCCGUCCUCCUGCUCUCUUGUCCCGCUGUCCAGCAGGUCCUCCAGGCGGUCCAGGAGGUCCAGUGCUGCGUCCUCCGCAUCUGAGAUCAACUUACGCACCAUCCUGAACUCACUGUUCGGACAGGACAGAGAGCUGAGGCCAGAGGAAAUGGAUGAGUUGCGGGAUGCUUUCAAGGAGUUUGACAAGGACAAGGAUGGUUUCAUAAGCUGCAAAGACCUUGGAAACUGUAUGAGAACUAUGGGAUACAUGCCCACAGAAAUGGAGCUGAUCGAGCUGAGUCAACAGAUAAACAUGAACUUGGGAGGUCAUGUUGAUUUUGAGGAUUUUGUUGAGUUGAUGGGCCCUAAACUCCUCGCUGAAACUGCAGACAUGAUCGGAAUAAAAGAGUUAAAAGAUGCCUUUAGAGAAUUUGAUACCAAUGGAGAUGGUGCCAUAAGUACGUCUGAGCUCAGAGACGCCAUGAGGAAGCUGUUGGGUCAGCAGGUUGGCCUAAAGGAGGUAGAAGAUAUCCUGAGGGAUGUUGACUUAAAUGGUGACGGGCUCGUAGACUUUGAAGAGUUUGUACGAAUGAUGUCUCGCUAAGAUCCCUCAGUGAUCCGUCCUGAAUGUGAAGCCGCGUCCUUCUCAACGGAAGACACGCUACGAUGUCUGAGCCACCCAAAUCUGAACGACACUGGAAUUUAAACUCCUUGAAUGUUGUGGAGCGAGGAGUCACCUCACACUUUCAGUCAAUAAGUGUUCUUCCUGAAAAGUCUCCAGUUCAACUGAGGCAGAAUUUGCUGUAGCCUAGCUGAUGAUUGUCCAACUUUUUGAUUUUUGCACUUUAAUUCUCACUAAAUAACUUCCUGCGUGGAUAGAUCGCUGGUGUCUUGUCUCGUCUUCUACACGAUUUUAAAAGAGUGUCUCACAACAUGUCGCCGUCAAUGUACAUCUGUGUCAGGAUGAGGGAGUAUCUGUAGAAGAGAUAUAAACGGUCAGUGCACUGUCAAACGUUUCAGUAUGUUUCCACACAGUGUGUGUUAUAUUUUAGAAACUGUAAGUGGAUCGUCCUUUGUGUGACAUUGGUGCUCCUUCUAGGAACCCAUGUGGCAAUAUAACACCUGUAUUGUAACUGUGUGACCAUCUGUGAUUCCUCACUGUGCCAGUCCAGUCCUAGAAAAGAAUCACUGUCUGAGGAAGCAAAUCUCCAAUAUUAACCAGAGACAGAACUGUGUAACACAUUUCAUACAUGUUGUCCUCUAGUGUCUUACAUAAGGCUGGAUUGGAAUGCUAUUUGAAGAAAACUCUCAAAAUUUAAACAAAGAGAAAUAACGCGCUGACCGACAUUUCCUUGUGUAAGACAUUAGAGCAGGGUUGUCAUAUCUGGACUGUAUUUACAUUGAAUGUGAUUCUGUUGUUCUCGUACUGUACGUCAAUGUCAAUAUGAUUGUAGUUGUGGUUACAUUCCACACAUCUGUGUUGUCAAAGCAAUUUUUAUGCAUGCCAAAGAAAAUUUAUUAAAUUCAGUAUGCACAUUUGCAUUUUUGUCUAAGAAAGUCAACAAAAUAGUUUGCCAAGUUAACUGUAGAACAA